AUGGCGAGAAAGAAGACCAAACUGGCCUACAUAGCAAACGACGCCGCUCGCCGCAUUACGCUGAGAAAACGACGCCAUGGGCUUUUAAAGAAGGUUUAUGAGCUUUCCGUUCUCUGCAAUGUUCCAGCUUGCGCUAUCAUCUACUCUCCGCAAGAAACAGAGCCGGAGGUAUGGCCUUCAACGGGGGAGGCGGCAGAACUUCUGAACCGGUUCAACGCCACAGAAGGUUUGGGCAAGGAGAACAAUAUGAUGAACCAGGAGAAAUUUCUGUUGAAGCAAAUUGAGAAGUUGAGAGGGCAGGUCAGCCGAAUCAUGGCGGAUAAUGACGAUCUUGCAGGGGAAAUUCUGCUUCUUCAGUGCAUGGUUGGGCGUUCGGUGUGUGAUUUGGGAACGGAUGAGCUUGGAUUGGUUGGAAGGGCGGUAGGGAGAAGGAUUGAGGCUGUGGAAUCUCGGAUUUUGAUGCUUAGGAGCAAUGAGGUGGAGACGCAAACUUUGCCUCUGUUGCUUCCGGCGCCGGCAAUGGAUGAGGCGGCGGAAGCUCGGAUUUUGAUGCUUAGGAGCAGCGAGGUGGAGACUCAGGCUUUGCCUCUGUUGCUUCCGGCGCCGGCAAUGAAUGAGGCGGCGGAAGCUCGGAUUUUGAUGCUUAGGAGCAGCGAGGUGGAGACUCAGGCUUUGCCUCCGUUGCUUCCGGCGCCGGCAUUGGAUGAAGCUAUGCAAGAUCGGAUUUUGAUGCUUAGGAGCAGUGAGGUGGAGACUCAGGCUUUGCCUCUGUUGCUUCCGGCGCCGGCAAUGGAGGAGACGGUGGUCGGCGGCGUGGAUGGUUGGACGGACGGCGUGUUUGGGUGGGACGACGGGUUGUUUUCUGGUUGUUCGAAUUUAUUUCAGCCGGAUUUAGGAGUUUGA